CCAUAGAAUAAUGACGAUGGUACCGGUCAAGUCUUUCAUACUCGGUAUUUCAAUUGUAGAGCAUGCCCUAGAAACUUCAUCGUUCUUCAUCCGCCAUGCGUUUAAACUUCACCUCUUCAUCGGCGCCUGCGAGAUCAUCAGCAAUUAGAAGAGGCGGAGGGCUUUCAGGUGCUAUCAUACGACGAGACUCUUUGUGCUUGACGGAAUAGUCUCUCUGCUGAGAUCAGCGGCAUAAGCGGGCAUCUUUGUUUGCUGAUCUUGUAUAGAGACUACAGCAAUGUAUGGUAAUAUGGGAGACCAAACUGGGGUUCCCAGGCCCCCACAAAAUCCUCAGCCCACUCCUUUUGGGAAUACAUUCUAUGGAGCAGGAUCUGGUCUCUUCCGAAGCGGUCUAGAAGCAUAUGGAGAGAAAUUUUUGGGCUCAAGCUCUGAGUUCAUGCAAAGUAAUAUUAGCAGCUACUUCUCCAAUCCACAAUACUAUUUUCAAGUGAAUGAUCAGUAUGUGAGAAACAAGUUAAAAGUAGUUUUGUUUCCCUUUCUACACAGGGGACAUUGGACAAGAAUAACUGAACCCGUUGGUGGCAGGUUGUCAUACAAACCUCCUGUAUAUGACAUCAACGCUCCCGACUUAUAUAUUCCUUUGAUGGCCUUCGGUACCUACAUAAUUCUUGCAGGCUUUUCUUUUGGUCUUAUGGGGCGGUUUAGCCCUGAAGCUUUGAGCUUGCAGUUUACAAGAGGUUUGGUCGGCUGGGUUCUACAAGUAAUGCUUCUAAAGGGUUUAUUGUAUUCUUUAGGAAGCGGCGAGGCUCCUCUUCUCGACAUUGUUGCCUAUGGUGGGUAUGCUUUUACUGGCAUCUGCAUCUGCGUGCUUGCGAGGCUUUGUUGGAGGUACUCAUAUUACUUUGCAAUGCCUUUGAUGAGUUUGUGUAUGGGGGUUUUCUUGGUCAAAACCAUGAAGAGGGUGCUUUUCAGUGAGAUGCGGAGCUAUGAAAAGCGCUCAAGCAGGCAACACUAUUUCCUGCUUUUCAUGGCCAUUGCACAGUUUCCUUUGUUCUUCUGGUUGGGCAAUCUUGGGGGUUGAUCAGCUUUUCUCUGCCUUCUUUUUUCCUUUUAAGCUGCUUUUUCUAAUUUAUAUGUUUAUAUGUACAAUUCAAUGGCUGUGUUUUUAAAUACUAGAAAUUAGAAGCAGAAAAAAAAGGAUUUUGGAUUCUUCUAUUCAGUAUAGCUGAGGUCUGUAUGUAUCAAGUUGUUCUUAAAAUUCAUAGAAUGUUCUUGAAAACAGAGGCUUAAUA